UGCAACACAUGCAGCUGCCUGGAGAGAGGGAGCCGGUGUCCUACGUCAGAGCCGCCGCCGCCGCCGCCGCCGCGGAGCCGCCGCCGGGGAGGAGCAGCCGCCCAGGACUGGGCCCUUAGGGAGGAGGAGGCGAGAAGAUGGCGGACGACCCCAGUGCUGCCGACAGGAACGUGGAAAUAUGGAAGAUCAAGAAGCUCAUCAAGAGCUUGGAGGCGGCCCGCGGCAAUGGCACAAGCAUGAUAUCAUUGAUCAUUCCUCCCAAAGACCAGAUAUCACGAGUGGCAAAAAUGUUAGCAGAUGAGUUUGGAACUGCAUCUAACAUUAAGUCACGAGUAAACCGCCUUUCAGUCCUGGGAGCCAUUACAUCUGUACAACAGAGACUCAAACUUUAUAACAAAGUACCUCCAAAUGGUCUGGUUGUUUACUGUGGAACAAUUGUAACAGAAGAAGGAAAGGAAAAGAAAGUCAACAUUGACUUCGAGCCUUUCAAACCAAUUAAUACGUCAUUGUAUUUGUGUGACAACAAAUUCCAUACAGAGGCUCUUACAGCGCUACUUUCGGAUGAUAGCAAGUUUGGCUUCAUUGUAAUAGAUGGUAGUGGUGCACUUUUUGGCACACUCCAGGGAAACACAAGAGAAGUCCUGCACAAAUUCACUGUGGAUCUUCCAAAGAAACACGGUAGAGGAGGUCAGUCUGCCUUGCGUUUUGCCCGUUUAAGAAUGGAAAAGCGACAUAAUUAUGUUCGGAAAGUAGCUGAGACUGCUGUGCAGCUGUUUAUUUCUGGGGACAAAGUGAAUGUGGCUGGUCUCGUUUUAGCUGGAUCAGCUGACUUUAAAACUGAACUAAGUCAAUCUGAUAUGUUUGAUCAGAGGUUGCAAUCAAAAGUUUUGAAAUUAGUUGAUAUCUCCUAUGGUGGUGAAAAUGGAUUCAACCAAGCUAUUGAGUUAUCUACUGAAGUCCUCUCCAACGUGAAGUUCAUUCAAGAGAAGAAAUUAAUAGGACGAUACUUUGAUGAAAUCAGCCAGGACACGGGCAAGUACUGUUUUGGAGUUGAAGAUACACUAAAGGCUUUGGAAAUGGGAGCUGUAGAGAUUCUAAUAGUCUAUGAAAAUCUGGAUAUAAUGAGAUACGUUCUUCAUUGCCAAGGCACAGAAGAGGAGAAAAUUCUCUAUCUAACUCCAGAACAAGAGAAGGAUAAAUCUCAUUUCACAGACAAAGAGACAGGACAGGAACAUGAGCUGAUUGAGAGCAUGCCCUUACUGGAAUGGUUUGCUAACAACUACAAAAAAUUUGGAGCUACAUUGGAAAUUGUCACAGAUAAGUCACAAGAAGGAUCCCAGUUUGUGAAAGGAUUUGGUGGAAUUGGAGGUAUCUUGCGGUACCGAGUAGAUUUCCAGGGAAUGGAAUACCAAGGAGGAGACGAUGAAUUUUUCGACCUUGAUGACUACUAGGUAGUCGACAUGGGUCCGGCAAAACGUGCCUCACCCUCCAGCAUCCAACCCAAGGAGCAUACCCGUGGUGGAAACCAAACAGAUCCCUGCCUUACAAUUGGAACAUUUCCAGAACUUAAUCCACAAGCAUUGGAUAUUGAAAAGAAAACCGAAACAAAACCAGACCCAACCCUACACUUUGGUUUGUCAUGGUGUCAGCGCAGCAGCCUACAACUAAGUUCCUAAAUGCCACUAUGGACUAAUUUAAAAAAGAAUCCCAGUUUUUACUUUUACUUGAUGGU